GUGGGUGCACUGGGGAGGGGGGGGGGGUCACCUUCCCUGCUGUGGGCUCUCAGGCUGCGGAGAAAGCUAAAGCAAGUCCUGCUUUAGUGGCAAAGGAUCCAUCCACCUUAACCAACAAGAAGGAGGAGGAAGACCUGGCUAAAGCCAUAGAGUUAUCUCUAAAGGAGCAGCGAAGUCAGCCUGGGUCAGGGCUGUCUGGGUCUGGUUUGUACCCCAGCGCCUCUUUCCUCUCUUCCCAGAGGCCUGAGGGCAGGAAGGUCAGGGCCAUCUAUGACUUUGAGGCUGCAGAGGACAACGAGCUCACCUUCAAGUCUGGAGAGGUCAUCACUAUCCUGGAUGACAGUGACCCCAACUGGUGGAAAGGAGAAACGUAUCAGGGAGUUGGACUUUUCCCCUCAAACUUUGUAACGGCUGAUCUGACUGCAGAGCCUGAGAUGAUGAAGACAGAAAAGAAGACGGUGCAGUUCAGCGAGGAGGUCCAGGUGGAGAGCAUAGAGCCUGAGCCUGAACCGGUCUACAUAGGCGAGGAGAAAAUGGACCAGCUGCUGCACAUGAUCCAGAGUGCAGAUCCAACAGACAACCAGUCUGAUGCCUGUGAGCUGCUGCAGCUAGAGGGUGCCUGCAACCAGAUGUGUCCCCUCAUUGAUCAGAAGCUUGAGAGCACUGACAGGAAGCAUUCAGAGCUGUCAGAGCUGAAUGUGAAGUUGAUGGCGCUGUCUCUUUAUGCUAAGCUUAUGAAUGAGGACUAUGCCAUGUACACAAAGCUACAGACCCAGCAGUACUACAUGCAUCAAUCUGCCAACACAGCACAACAG